AUGGCAGCCAUGGAAAAUCUCAAGCGCACUGUCGUCGGCGUGCGGAACGUGUGCAAGGACGAGGAGUUCCUUCAACUGACCAGGGAGAACAAGAAGGUUGCCUAUCUGAUGUGCGCCGUCCGUAACCUGGAGGCGUUCGCCGAAGGAGCUGCCUACGAGAUCGUCAGAGAGCGCAUUAAGGAGAUCGAAGAAGCCACCGAGAACAGAGUCGCCAGGAAGUUCGAGAAGGAGCGUACCGAAGAGACCAAGCGCUACAACGACCUCCUGGCUCGCUACAACAGCAUGCUCGCCCAUAAGAAGUGCGUCGAAGAAGCCAACAAGAACCAAGUCACCAGAGACUUCGAGCAGCUCCGCGUCGUAGACUCCAUGCGCUACGUGGAGCUCGACACUCGCCACAACGACCUGACUACUAGCUACAACGGCCUUGUCAGCGCCUACAAGUGGGCCAACUACCGCUCCGAGGAGCGCCGCGACGCCAUCGAAGUUCUGAACGAUCAAGUCAAGAAGCAAGCGCACAUCAUCGAGCAGCGCGACUUGUCGAUCAGCCAGCAAUGCUCUACUCUGCACGCUCUCGAUCAACAAAUCGUCGAGUGGCAGGCUUGGGCUUACGAGCGUGGCUGGCGUCCAACUGCCUCUCAGUAUCGAUCUCGCACCACGCUAGCUACUCCACCAGGCCUCAACAUCCCCGUCCCACCAAAUGUUCCUCGCCCCUUCAGCCCAACCAUCAGACGCCCACAGAACGAGGCCGUGAAGGAGGAAGCCCCAGCCACCGCCGCCAAGACCCCCGUCGACGAAGCCACCUGCGUCGACACCGCCGCCAAAAACAAGGACCUCGCCAGCGGUGUCGACCUCAAGGCCUCCUCCGUCUCCAACGCCACCGAACCUGCCACCGACCUCAUCUCCACCCCCCGCUUCGACAACGCCGCAGAGGCCCGCGCCGCCGGGUACGUCCUCCUCAGGUCCAACAACUCCAACAACGAGGAUGACAAGGAGGACGACACCGAAGACGACACCACCUCCCUCCCCGUCCUCAUCGCCGACGACUCCACCUCCAUCGCCUCCUUCUCCCUCGCCACCGAGCGCAACGUCGAUGACGACGACGAUGAGGCGUGGACCUUCACCCCGGGCGACCCCGACGAGGCUCAGGCUCAGGCGCACGCUGAGGACGAGGACGACGAUUAUGUCUUCUAG